UUAGUCCCCAGGGUAAAAGGUUCGUCUGAUUUUUUUUUUGAUGGUGAUCUUCUUUUCUCUGUUAUCUUUUUUAGACUGACCAGCCGCUUCCUAGUUAAGGACAGACUGCUAAGUUAGGCCCGAGCGAGAAAAACUAUGAGCGCUCACCAAAGUUCGCCUGUAGAGAACGGGAGUUACAGUCCGAGACCUCCGCACUCUCCAACUAUCAGCCCUGCGCGAGGCCAUAACCAGGCCUCAGAUAAUGAAAACGCGUCUGGCGAAGCACCUCGACGAGGACGAAGGACUCCUGCGCAAUGGUUUAAGAAAUAUUUUUGGGAAGGACAGACUGUGACUGAAACCCAAAUUAAGGCUCUCGAGGAACUAGAACCUGAUGCACCAUGGCACAGGAAGCUUAUGGUGAAGUACCGUCUUUUCGUUGGUAUUGCCAUAGCGUCAGGGCUCUGUCACAUUGUUUGGUGGACUUGCGCCAUUAAGUACAACUGGUUUGCUCUCUUUCCUGACUUAUACUACAUGACCUUGACAAUGGUUCUUGGCGGUACUGUUGCAGGAAUGACCAGCGAAGGUGGAGGUGCAGUUGCUUUUCCCGUAUUGACCCUUGCUUUUGAUGUGUCACCAUCAGUGGCACGCGAUGUGGCACUUAUGGUGCAGUCCUGCGGUAUAAAACAAGACAGUUGCAAUAUACUGAGUAAAUCAGUCUAUGGUGAAAAACGUCGACCAUCAUUUUAUCGCUUCUAUUGCUAA